CAAAUAUCCCCUAGGAAAGAGAGACAAGGCCGAGGCGCAUCGUCAGCUGUGUUUGGGAGAAUCAGCUGGCUUGUGUUUUGGUGUCGCCGCCGCGGGAAGAGUGCUAGACUUCCAGACUCGGGUGCGUUGGUGUGUGCUCCAGUGUGUUGGUGUGUGUAUUCAUGUGCCUGCCCUCCUUGUGUUCAUGAUCCAGGGACUGAAAGGUGACUCAGGACCCCCUGUGCUGCCCCGGGGCCUGAGGUGGCGGCUACGUGGGCACUGUGGCUCGGACGCGGGCUGAUUGGGAACGUCCACUUCCUCCUCCUUUUCCUCUUGUGCGCGGGAAUGAAAACUGUGAAGAACAUGAAGAAAUGGUUCACCUCCCUCACACUCCUAGGCUUCGUGCUGGCCGUGAUAUUCAACUGGUCUCUACUGGUAUCGUCCAAGAAGCCGAGUGAUGAAGAGGUGGCAUAUGUGGAUGACAAAGCCCGCCACUACUCAGAGAUUGGACCAGAAAGACUCCCUUCUUUGUCCCCCUCUGCCAAGGAGCACCAAGAUAUCAAGUCUUUGGAUGAGGCGCUGCUCAAGAUUAAGGACCUUGAGCGGCGGCUGAAAGACAUUGAGUUCAGGAUACCCAAAAAAUACCCUGAAGUGAAUUUUCUAACAUUUAAGGAUCGCAAGAGAAUUCUGGUGACGGGUGGUGCAGGGUUCGUGGGAUCACACCUGGUGGACAGGCUCAUGAUGGAGGGCCAUGAGGUUAUUGUAGUGGACAACUUCUUCACCGGAAGGAAACGUAAUGUAGAGCACUGGAUCGGCCACGAGAACUUUGAACUGAUCCACCACGACAUUGUCAACCCGUUGUACAUUGAAGUUGACCAAAUUUACCACUUGGCCAGCCCUGCCUCUCCCCCACACUACAUGUACAAUCCAGUCAAGACCAUUAAGACCAAUACUGUUGGCACCAUCAACAUGCUUGGUCUGGCCAAGCGUGUUGGGGCGAGAGUAUUGAUUGCCAGUACCUCAGAAGUGUAUGGAGAUCCAGAGGUUCACCCACAAACAGAGUCUUAUUGGGGUCAUGUUAAUCCCAUUGGUCCCCGUGCAUGCUACGAUGAGUCCAAGAGAGUGUCCGAGACUCUUGCUUAUUCUUACGGCAAGCAGGAAAAUGUCACAGUGAGGGUGGCGCGCAUCUUCAACACUUACGGCCCUCGCAUGCACAGCAAUGAUGGCAGGGUGGUGUCCAAUUUUAUCCUUCAGGCACUUACUGGCCAGGAUAUCACUAUCUAUGGGUCCGGCAAACAGACUCGCUCGUUCCAGUAUGUGAGUGACCUAGUGGAUGGUCUAAUCAAGUUGCUGAAUUCCAACUACUCUAUGCCAGUGAACCUUGGUAACCCUGACGAACAUACCAUUGAAGAGUUUGCCUCCAUCAUUCACGACAUGGUUGGAGGGAAGAGUCGCAUCAUUCACAAGGACGCCAUGGAGGACGACCCACAGCGACGCAAACCCGACAUCACACGGGCCAAUCACAUCCUUGGCUGGCAGCCGCUGGUUCCCCUUCAGCAAGGUAUAAAAAAGACAGUGGAAUACUUCCGUCGGGAGCUGAUGCGGUCAAAACAUUCAGAGAGAAACUUACAUGAUCCUGUGGAGGCUGGCAAUCUUAAGGUGUCCUCUAAUCCUGUGCUGACAGAUGUCUGACAAGGCUUUGUUGUAUAUUUGUAUGAUAGCUAACGAGUGGGUGAGAGUGCAUGGCAUCAAGGAGCACACUUAGUUGACCCAUCUUUCAUUUAUUUCAUUAGGGCUUUAUUGCUGUCUUAGACUGUUGAAUGGAUGACUCAAGUUUUGAAAUUAUGGUUUGUGCAUUAUCAGUAGAUUAUUGCAUUUUGCCAGGUUUUAUUUCUUGUGUCUGCCUUUGCAGUUGGUCACAUUUUUGUAUCCUUGAUUAAUCACUGGCCUUUCAUUUCCCUCUGGUAUGGAGUUUGAAGGAAAUAGUGUUCAGAACUAAUGAUUUAUUUUCUUGUAACAAAGCUCAACACCUGGCAGUAAAUGAACCACUCACUGAUAGUGAAGAAUGAAAGCAUAUUUUUGUAGGUGAAGGAAGAAUUGAGUAAGGAAUAUUUGACUACAGAGCCAUUGCUUCAUAGUGGGCAGAGGGAUGAGUACCUGCAGUUUAAGUUAGCUAGUUGGCCUGCUAUCCUCAGAAACUAAAUCUUAUGUAACUGGAUUGAAGAGAUCUCAACUUUCCAUGUCCUGUAUUUUACUUUGGCUUUUCUUUAAUUUUAUGAUAUUUAAUUGUUGUGUCACAGUACAUUUUUCUUUUUCUGUGUAUUUGUUGUUUCUGGUGAAGAGAUGGACUGUGCGAUUUUUUAUUUUCUCAUGCUGUUUAAACUUGCCACUGAUUCAGACUCCGUUCAUCAUCAAAACAAUGUGUCUGCUUUUCUGACUUGCUUACACACAAUGGAUGAAUUUUAUGAUGCAGCAUUCAUGCGAGUUCUUUUAGUGUAUGCAGUAGCCAUUGACAUCCUGUUGCACGUUUUAUGUAAAGGAGUCCCUGAGAUCAUCCUGUUAAGUUAGCUUUAGACGGGCUGAUGAUAAUGCUUUUUUACUGGUUAAGUCCUUAGUAGAAGCUGGUCACGUACCCUUGAGGGUACAAUUAUGGGUUGUAAAUCCGAGCUAAAGGCAUGACAUUCCUGCUUUAAUUACAGUAUGUUACAUGAUGUAUUUUGAAUCUGCUGUGCAUCAAUAAGCAUUAAUUAAAGAGUGAGUCAGAAAACAAGGCAUUUGAUUGUUAGAUUAUGACUGUGACAUUUGGUUCUAUUGAGUUCCUCCAGGUGAUUUUAUUGAAAAGUAAAAUAGUAGUUACUGAAAUUUUUAAAUACAUAAUUCACUGCUUUUGGUUUCACUGCAUAUUACAAAAUUAUACCUUGAGUUUGUACGACAAUAUUUUGUCAAGUUGCACACAAUUUAAUAACUGCAUCUUCUCUUACAGACUGUGUUAUUGUCAUUCUGAGUAUUGUUUUCAUUGUACGAGUAUAUUAAGGUGACAGAGUUGCCAGUCAUUACUACUAGAUAGUGGUGAAUACAAAAUAUGUUGAUGAGGUGAGGCACACCACCAUAGCAGUGUAGGGAGCACAUUGUCAACCAGACAGCUCUAAGUGGUGGUGUUAAAAUGUGUGCCACCUUACUUAAGGUGGGAUCUUUUAAGACAGUAUAUUGGAGUGAUAUUUAGAGGAUAUGAAUCGUUGUGUACAUUGAAAGACUAUUAUUUAUGUGUUGAUCUUUUUAGAUUUUAUAUCUUGUGCAUAGUGUAUGUAUAUACAGUAUAUGCAUAUUUAGAAUAUUCCUGCUAUUUAUUGGUUGGCUGUGGGGUGGAAGCAGUCAGCACACAAGUUCCUGCAGCCAAUGUCCUGUGUGGGGAGGAUCUCAUGUUUUAGCUUCCACAUAAUGCUAGCAAGUUGUUUUGUAAAGGUGCCGCGCCGGCCCGCUGAACAUUGCAGUGUUAGGUUUUUUGGCAUUUACUUGUUUUAUCACUUCAGUGUACAUAACACCAUCAUUCAUGAUAUUGUCAUGACUGAGAGAAGCAUUUAUUGGUGGUCUUUACUUUGGUAUUUAUUACAUGUUGGUCAUAUUCUGAGAAGAGAGAAUUUAUUUGGUUUUAUAUUUUGAAUAUCUUACUGUUUUUGAGGUCAUAGGUAGGUGAAAUAGGAAGGUUAUACUGUCCCUUUGUUUUGUGUGUUAUAUAUAUAUAUAUAUAUAUAUA